AUGACGUUCCUUUCCAGCCCUGAGAGACGGGAACGCCCUUCUCGAGCUGCAGCUCCUACAAAGAACAUGAAAGAGCUCGACUCUGAGGAUGAUGACCUGCGUUUCAAGCCCCGAAUCUCGUCUUCAGAAGGAUUUCUACGUGCUGAUAACAACAACUCCAGUGUCGGCUUUAGCCCCGAUUCUAUCACAGUCAUCUCAGCGCAGAGCAUUGCUUCAUCUAUGCCUUCAUCUAUGGAGACGCUAAACCGGUCAACUUCUCCCAAGAAAAGAAAUAGUCCCGAAGCUGAGAGCGAAUCUCCCACCAAGAAGUCACGCAUGAUAAGGAUCAAGACUAACAAGUCCAUUCAAGCCAUGACUCCAGCGCUCUCGCAGGCCAGCGUCACACCACAGCCAGCCUUCAGCAGCAUCCCUGAGAUUGAGGCUAUGCACAAAUGCAUCAGUUCUCUGGAGAGUCGCAUCAAGAAGAAUGCAGCGGAUCGCAACGAGGACCAGAAAAACCUUGCUUCAAUCAAGCAGGCGUUGCAGGAGGCCCAGGCGGCUAACACGUGCGAGAAGGACCUCACCCAUCCUACAGAUGACCAAGGCCUACGCAAAGAAAACGAGGAGCUCAAGAGACGCAUAUCAGAGAAGAAUCAUUUCAUCGCCACCUUGAGGCAGGACCGCAUCGCCCCCUCGUCGUUCAAGCUGAUGGACUGUGAUGUUGAAACUGAAUGGAAGGGAAUCGCGUUUGAUAUUCGCAACUUUGUAUCUCAGGUCCUCACCAAGCAACCUUACCGAGACUCCGCGCCUCGGGGAGCGAACAUGAGAGACGUCGAAGCACUCAAGAAGCACCAAAAGAAGAACAUCCACACGGCUCCUUUCCAUUUCCAGCGCUACAUUUGGAAGCAUCUCGUCGAUGACAUCUUCCAGGCCGGAAAGGCUACCUGGGGAGGUCCCGCGGGGAAUUCUUUCCAUCGCUACUGUUUGGAAAUCUCUGAAAUUGACUUUGAGGACAUGACGCAACUGAGUACAUUCAAGUCCAGCCAAGCCCAUGUGAUGUCCAAGUGUUUCGAUGAACACAACCGCGAAGAGGCCAAGAGCAUUGCCGAAGAGAUGGCGUUGACUCUCAAAAUCUUCAUGGACCCUGAAGAAAUGAAACCCAAGACAAAUCCUCAGAAGCGUCUUAUGAGUAUUGUUCGCAAAGCAGUUGAACUGAACGAUAAAUUUCUGAGAUCCAGAGCAUUCUACCUCACCAACUGGCUACAGUGUGAUUGGGGCUGGGAUGACGUCGAGAUCCGUUACUCCACGGGAGAGACAGGCGGAGUCAAAACCGUGGAUGUUGAAAUCUCACCCCGACUUAGAAAGAUCGGAAACGCCGAUGGCCGUCACUUCGAUCAAGCCCGGGAGAUCUGCCAGCCCAUGGUGACGGUACAUCUCUCAUGA